UAUCAGCCAUAAGAGCUCUAAAUGCUGGGAGAGGGACUAUCUGUUUGUUAGUGUAGGGUGAAGGUGGAAAUAUAGGUCAAUGGUUCGUUUGUUUUUCAGCACAUUUUGUAGAUUCGCUGAAGUUUGACGCACUUUGGAGCUGAAGGAUUAUUUGUUUGUUUGUCUGUUUUUUUUUUUUUUUUUUGCUUGUUUUUUUUUUUACCACCAUGCGGAUAUUAAUUCCCUUAUCCUUGCUAUUAUCACUUCUAAAAGAGUCUGUUUGCAUCACAGUGACUGUACCAGAGACCAAGAGGACCACAGCUCUGUUUGGCUCAGUGACCCUUCGCUGUGAUUACUCCACCUCUGCAAACCUCCAGGAGGUUCUGGUCACAUGGAGGUUCAAGACCUUCUGCAAGGAUCCAGUGCUGGAGUACUACUCCACAGCUUACCAGUCUGCGCUGCAGCUGGGACAGGACCCGGCAAAUGAUUGUCCAGACAGUCAGCGGACGGUGCGGACUGUAAUCCAGAAGAGAGGGAGCAGUGAGCCGACCCUGGGAUCUGAAUAUCGGGAGCGAAAGAUCACCAUCCAAAAUAAGGCAGACUUGGUGAUAAAUGAGGUGAUGUGGUGGGACAAUGGUAUGUACUUCUGUGCUGUCGAUGCUCCUGGAGACACCACUGGUGACUCUGACAAAGAAAUCCAGCUCGUCGUCUACCAUUGGCUGGUGGUGCUGUUUAUCGUCAUAGGUGCCCUCCUCCUGCUCAUGCUCAUCUGCAUUUGCUGCUGCCAGUGCUGCCCACAGGUUUGCUGCUGUUAUGUCCGCUGCCCCUGCUGUCCACAGAAAUGCUGCUGUCCUGAAAAAGCUGUCAUGCAGCAUCGCAUGAUGAAGCAGGUCCAGAAUGGAUGGAUGGGUGGACAGCCAAUAUAUGGACCAAUGAGCCACGCCCCCUCACAUAUGAAUCCAGCCCUCUAUGCAGGAUCCGUCUCUGGGAAGAGCAUCCCAUUAAAGCCGAUGCCCCUCCCUCCUCCUCAGUCUACGUCUUACAGCAUGCCGCCUCCCAGUGCUCAAAGCAACCACAACUCUACCAAUACCAAUCAUAUGCUUGACUACCUGGAGCGGCAGGUGCGGGGAAUGGAUGUCACCAGUCCUCUUCUACAGUCCACGCCACCGACCCACAUGCAGCAGAUGCCACCUCCUCCCCAGCACAUGCCUGUCAACGUCCCAUAUUCUCCCGGGCCUCCCAGUAUGAUAUCUGCUCUCGAUGAUAGACCAGUGGAUCGCCGUGUCAUUACACUUCCACCAAUCAGGGAGAAGCAGACAGGAAGAGUUCCACCCCCAGCACCCAAAUCCCGCCCUCCAAGCUCAAGUGAGAGCAGCCGCAGCGGGUUUGGUCGCCCUUAUGACCGCGGGGCAUCUGGCGGGAGGCGCCACCCCUCACCAGCCAGAUCUAGAGGGAUUCCCCGGAGCUACAGCGAAGAAUCUCUAGACGGGAGAGGCCGUACCAGAUCAAGGGCAGACAUGGACCGCCCUCGCUCCCGUUCCAGAGAUGAUUUGUUUGACAGCAGGUCCAGGGGAAACUACUCCCCUCCAGCAACCAGACGAUCCAGAGGAUCUUGGAGCUCUGAUGAUGAAGGCAGCAGCAGGAGAGGAGCAUCAGGGGGCAGAAGAGGAGCGGGCUGGUCUGAAAGACCUCCUAAGUACACAGAGUAUGAGCCAGGACAGAAACCAGGACAACGGAGGAAUGAUCCCUACUCUGACAAAAGUUCCCGUAGCGGCACCAGCAUUGUCAUUUGAGCUGUUCUGCAUGGAAACAUUUUAUAACCUCCAGGAAAAUGUGCACAAUCCAACGAAAACUCAUUCAACUUGUUGUUCAUCUAUGGUUAAACUUUUAAUAAGAACAAUGAACGAUGCACCUUUUUUUUUUUUUUUCAUCAUUGCCUAAAUUGAUUUUAAAAAAAGCCUACAAAUGGAAACCUUUUUGAAAGACUUUGAAAUGAAGGCCUGUAUAUUGUGGAAAACUUCAUUUUUUUUUUUGUUUUUACUCCCCUCUGCUGGUGUGUUUGUAUAUAGAAAAUAUCCUAAAUGGAAGUUGAAGUUACAGCUUGUCAGAGUACUGUCAUGAUGACCUCAGGUUAGAGAUUUGUUGUGUAGCAGUAGAGAUAAUCCCAAAAUGUAAAUAAAAUGUCAUGCAGCCAUAAUCGGAGCCAGUAAACUAACCACAGCUGUUACAUUAAAUCUAUUGGAACCCUUAAAAAUAUGAAAGAUAUGCAUGCUUUUAUCAUGUUGUUUAUAAGCUUAUUUCGCAUCUCCUGGAUGUCUUGAAGUAACUGCGAUUACUGGUUGUGAAAUACUGUGGGUACCGGAAGAAGCAGUUGGGAUUUCUUUAAAAAUGUCUCUGAACCUUUAUGCAGGCAAUAAAUUGCAUAUUUGCACUUAGUGCUCUCUUAAAAAAAGAAA